GGAGGGGCCUCCAUCCACAUUCCCGGAAGAGAAGGAGGUCGGCAGAGGAGGAGGAGGGAAAAGAGAUAAAAAUAGGAUUUCCUCCCCCCUUCACCCUCCAAAGAAGACAAAGGCAGUGAGAAUUAUGGGGGCCAUGUUCAAUGUGAAUAACGAAGAAAUCAUUUAAAUGCAUGGAGUGUGGAAAGAGAAAACAUUUGAAAGUAUGGAGUAUGGGAAGAGCUUCAAUGACAGUGGAACACUAAUAAAACAUCAGCAGACUCACACAGGGGGGAAACCAUUUGAAUGCAUGGAGUGUGGAAAGAGCUUCAGUCACAAUGGAAUCCUGAGAAUUCAUCAACGGAGUCACACUGUGGAGAAACCAUUUGAAUGCAUGGAGUGUGGAAAGAGCUACAGUCAGAGUGGAACACUAAGACUACAUAAACGGACUCACACUGGUGAGAAACCAUUUAAAUGCAUGGAGUGUGGAAAGAGCUUCAGUAGGAGUGGACAUCUUAGAAGUCAUCAACGGACUCACAGAGGGGAGAAACCCUUUGAAUGCAUGGAAUGUGGAAAUAGCUUCAGUGACAGUGGAACACUUAGAAAACAUCAUCGGACUCACACGGGGGAGAAACCAUUUAAAUGCAUGGAGUGUGGAAAGAGCUUCAGUCAGAGUGGAGACCUUAGAAUUCAUCAACGGAGUCACACUGGUGAGAAACCAUUUAAAUGUAUGGAGUGUGGAAAGAGCUACAGACACAGUGGGAACCUUAGAACCCAUCAACGGAGUCACACAGGCGAGAAACCAUUUGAAUGUAUGGAGUGUGGAAAGAGCUUCAGUCGGAGUGGAAACCUUAGAAUUCAUCUACGGACUCACACAGGGGAGAAACCAUUUAAAUGUAUGGAGUGUGGAAAGAGCUUCAGUAUGAGUGGACAUCUUAGAAGUCAUCAACGGACUCACACAGGGGAGAAACCAUUUAAAUGUAUGGAGUGUGGAAAGAGCUUCAGUCGGAGUGGAAACCUUAGAAUUCAUCUACGGACUCACACAGGGGAGAAACCAUUUAAAUGCAUGGAAUGUGGAAAGAGCUUCACUGACAGUGGAACACUUAGAAAACAUCAAUGGACUCACACAGGAGAGAAACCAUUUAAAUGCAUGGAGUGUGGAAAGAGCUUCAGUCAGAGUGGAGACCUUAGAAUUCAUCAAUGGACUCACACUGGUGAGAAACCAUUUAAAUGCAUGGAAUGUGGAAAUAGCUUCAGUGACAGUGGAACACUUAAAAAACAUCAUCGGACUCACACGGGGGAGAAACCAUUUAAAUGCAUGGAGUGUGGAAAGAGGUUCAGUCAGAGUGGAGACCUUAGAAUUCAUCAACGGACUCACACUGGUGAGAAACCAUUUAAAUGCAUGGAAUGUGGAAAGAGCUUCACUUACAGUGGAACACUUAGAAAACAUCAAUGGACUCACACAGGAGAGAAACCAUUGGAAUGUAUGGAGUGUGGAAAGGGCUUCACUUCUAAUCAAGUACUUAGAAUUCAUCAACAGACACACACAGGAGAGAAACCAUUUAAAUGCAUGGAGUGUGGAAAGAGCUUCAGUCAGAGUGGACACCUUAGAAUUCAUCAACAGAGACAUACAGGAGAGAAACCAUUUGAAUGCAUGGAGUGUGGAAAGAGCUUUAUUGAUGGUACAACAUUGACUAACCAUCAUCAAACUCACACAGGGGAGAAACCAUUUAAAUGUAUAGAGUGUGGAAAGAGCUUCAGUCAGAGUGGAAAACUAAGAAGGCAUCAACGGACUCACACAGGGGAGAAACCAUUUAAAUGCAUGGAAUGUGGAAAGAGCUUCACUGACAGUGGAACACUUAGAAUUCAUCAACGGACUCACACAGGAGAGAAACCAUUUAAAUGCAUGGAGUGUGGAAAGAGCUUCAGUCAGAGUGGAACACUAAGACUACAUCAAUGGACUCACACUGGUGAGAAACCAUUUAAAUGUGUGGAAUGUGGAAAGAGCUACACUAAGAGUAGAAACCUUAGAAUUCAUCAACGGACUCACACAGGAGAGAAACCAUUUAAAUGCAUGGAGUGUGGAAAGAGCUUCAGUCGGAGUGGAAACCUUCGAAUUCAUCAACGAACUCACACAGAGGAUAAACCAUUUCAUUGUAUGGAAUUUGGAAAGAGCUUCACUAAGAGUGAACACCUUAGAAUUCAUCAACGGACUAACACUGGUGAGAAACCAUUUAAAUGCAUGGAGUGUGGAAAGAGCUUCACUUAUAGUGGAACACUAAGACUACAUCAGCGGACUCACACAGGGGAGAAACCAUUUAAAUGCGUGGAAUGUGGGACAAGCUUCAGUCAGAAUGGACACCUUAGAAUUCAUCAACAGACUCACACUGGUAAGAAACCAUUUAAAUGUAUGGAGUGUGGAAAGAGCUUCAGUCAGAGUGGAAACCUUAGAAUUCAUCAAUGGAGUCACACUGGGGAGAAACCAUUUCAAUGCAUGGAGUGUGGAAAGAGCUUCAGUCAGAGUGGACUUCUUACAAAACACCACCAAACUCAUAAAGGGGAGAAACCAUAUACCGGUAAGUGCUAGGGAAGAGGAUAGAGGUUGAGUUGUGGUGGAAGUCUUACAAACCACCAAGUCUUAGAGACUCCCAUAGGCAAGAGCUAUAAGAGUGGAAACUCUAUAGGCCAUCAAUUACUUCAAAGAAGAGAAAUGGUUCAACAGAAGGAAUGUGGAAUCUACUUUGGUUAUUAUAGAAUGCUUGUCCAAAACAUCCACCGACUUCCAUGGGGUGGAACGAUUUAGAGUAUAGAACCUAAGAGAGUGAUAAGGGUCAACUUCCUCCAAAUCCACCAGCUGCCCCAAGGCAGGAGCCCCCCUCUGGGCCCAGAGGGUGGAAAGCCUCCCUCCACUUUUUCCCCCCCGAAGAGGCAGGCGCCCCAGAACAAAACGGAAAUAUUGAUAGUUAACAACUCUACAGACAUCUUUUUAAUAUCUUCAUGCGCCCCCUCGCCCAGAUUGUCCAGAGGUUUUGUAGCCUUAUUUGCUGAUAAGGGUCCUUAAGUUGCGCCCAGGCAGGGACAGAGACAGCCAAUAAUGACACCGGGGUUGAAUUCAGAGAAAGAAUUUAAUCCUUAAAUUUAAGGGACUCUCGGUGAUCCAUGUUUCACGACAAAAGUAAGCAAAGACAGUUUUACCUGAGGCUUUUAUCCACUUCUUGGGCUCCUUUCCCCCUCCUCUGUAAAUGUGUUCACGCAAGGGGGUCACAGGUUACAAAUCCAUAUUAGGAAAAUCCGUAUCCUGUCCUUCUCAUAAACACAAAGGGGGUCACAAGGACAUAUAAGGAAUAUCCGUGUCCGGUCCUGUGCAUAAACACAUGCUGACUCAGCAAAGCCUUCAGCAAGACCAGUUCCCAGGGCAAUGCUUAUGCGUCAAGCUGACAAGGCCUCAUCCGCUGAUAAGCCUCUCUGCCUCUCAUUCUGUGUUCCAGACAAGGUCAGCUCUUAGCAAGCUGGGCAUCCUGUCUUGCUAUCGAAUGUUUUCUUUACACUUUGGCCUACUUUGGUACACAGAGAGAGGCAAAGAAGAAAGCAUUUUAAGCAAGACAUCCCAGGGAUAUGGGGGGGCUAAGCCAUACAGUCAGAAUUAUAUAAUGCAAAAUAUAUGAUUUAGCUCAAUAACACAAUUGGCAAAUCUCUCCCUUCAGUUUGGGCUGGGUUGUCAUCAAUAUGCUGCUGACACCCAGAUUUAUCUGUUGAUGGAUAGCCAUCCUGCCUCAGCCCCGGACACACUGACCAAGUGCUUGGAAGCUGUGGCUGGAUGGCUACGUGGGAGUCGGCUGAAGCUAACUCCUUCGAAGACAGAGGUCCUCUGGCUGGGUUGGGAUGAC